AUGGACGUCUCUCUCGAAACGCAUCAGUCAUACAUCGGCCAACCAGCCAGCGCGCUCCCCACCCCCGCGCUGGUGAUAAGCAAACCAGUCCUGGAAAGCAAUGUUAAGAAACUUCACGAAGAUAUUGACACGCUGGGUAUAGGCUUUCGGCCUCAUGUAAAGACACUCAAGAGUAUUGAGACUACGCGGAUCAUGCUCGCGAAUGGGCGGUAUAAAAAGAUUGUCGCGUCUACACUGUGCGAGAUUCGAGGAUGCUUGCCACUGGUCAAAGAGGGCAUCCUAGAUGAGUGUCUAUACGGAUUGCCUAUAAGACCUUCCGUACUCGCAGACCUGGACAAGUUCACCAGUCAAUAUGGUCUGAAAAUAGUGCUCAUGGUUGAUCACUCUGAUCAUAUACGGAUCCUGGAAGAGUUCAAUACUCGCACUGGCCGCACGACCCCGUGGCCGGUCUUCAUCAAAGUCGACGUUGGCACCAAGCGUGCGGGCAUUCAAAACUCAUCCUCACGACUGGAUGAGGUGAUUCAAUCAGCCAACGAGUCGGAGGGUGUAUCGAUACAUGGUUUUUACUGUCAUGCUGGUCACUCAUAUGCAUCAAAAUCGACUGAAGACGCUGUGAAGGUCCUCAAUGAUGAAAUCAACGGUGUCUUGAUAGCUGCCAAGAAACUCAUCGAUCCCAAGACAGAACUUGUUCUUUCUAUUGGCGCUACGCCCACAGCUCAUGUCGUCUCCAACUUGAAGGCUAGCCUACCGAAAAACACGCAGCUAGAGUUGCAUGCGGGGAAUUUUCCAGCUAAUGACCUUCAACAAGUGGCGACUGGAUUAGUCUCACUCUCCGAUCAAGCAGUAAGAGUUGUGGCAGAGGUAUGUAGUGUGUAUCCUGAGCGCAAUGAAGCACUCAUCAACGCCGGAGUGCUUGCGCUUACGAAAGAGACGAGUUCGUUCGCUGGAUUGGCCAGGUGGACGGACGGAAUAGACUGGAGUAUUGUACGUGUCAGUCAGGAACAUGGAAUCUUUGGCUGGGUGGGAGACGAUGCCAAAAGAGAGAAGGUCGAGGAAAAGUUCAAGAUUGGGCAAAAGGUGUUGCUGUAUACUCAGCACGCAUGUAUUACGAGUGCGAUGUUCCAUGCGUUUUACGUGGUGGAUAAACAGGAUAUUGUUCGAGAGACCUGGGUCCCAUGGAAAGGGUGGUAGACUUGCCUUGUCACUAAGAACACAUGCAGAGUGCUGUGUUUAUGCUAUAUAGAAGAACAAUAAAGGCACGAUGAUUGGCCACAAGC